AUGCGUGCGUUUGAUAUCCUGUCAGUAGUUGUUGUAACCAAAUUUUUUCUUCAAAGUGGCGCAUCCUCGACUUCGAAUUUACACUCGCUCAUCAGUGAAGGCACGAACGACAUCAUCCGAGCUUUGCGUGUUGGCGAUGAAAGCCAUCCUCAAGAAGAAAGGGGUCCAUCUUUCAGUUUUGAGUCAAUGGCAGCGAAUCUUCCAGUGUCAGCUGCCGACGAGGCUGCCGAAGCUGCAAAUGCUGGCAUCACGGCUGCCGAAGCUGCAAAUGCUGGCAUCACGGCUGCUGAACCUCAGACGAUAGACGAAUUGGAAAAAAAAUUACGCAGCGGAAGGAUGAACACAUUGGCUGAUUCUAAGCACAUUAAAAUCUUGUUACAGCGCGGUGGUGUCUCUGAAGACGAUCAAGAAAAGAUCAUUUCUUUUUACGAACUGCUCCUUUCUGAACAUAAGAAUGGUUUUCUUUCACAAACAGGCCUAAUGCAAGCUAGCUUUCCUUACUGGGAUUUGAGAGACUACCUGUAUUAG